UCUCUCCCUCCCUCUCUCUAGUAAACACUUGUCUUCCCGCGGAGAGCUUUUGAGUUGAUUUCUGGUCGUGUCUCAGAGCUCUUUAGCCUCCAGUCCUCCGCUAGUUCUUCUCCUUUCUCACAGAUCUUUUCUCAGGAUCCACGUGAUGUUGUGACGGUCGGACACACCGGGGCGAUCCAGUGUGAGUUUGUCCCUCCAUGGGUCGGACCCCCGCUGGCAGAGCCCCCAGCGCUGCCGAGCGGCCCUGCCCCCCUCCACCUCCUCCUUCACCUCGUCCCGGGGGCCCGACGCCCGCGGCCCCUCCUUCCUCACCCGCGGCUGGGCCGACAUCAUGGAGGAGGCCUCCGCAGGGGGGACCCCCAACGGGGGCCUCACGCCCGGACAGGAGCCCCCACCCGUCGCUGUGAAGGACGUGCAGGUGGUCCUGGAGAGGGGCCCCCAGCGGGGCCACUCUGAGGGCCCCAGCAGCGCCUCCACGGGGGACGACUCCACGCUGCUCAACCCCGCCACACACAGCAGCCUCCUGGACGAGCACACGGGCAGCGAGCCCAACCUGGAGAGCGUGAGGAGCCGGUCCAGCGGCCUCUGCUUCAGCGACGGGAAGUGCCGCAUCGACUACAUCCUGGUUUACAAGAAGUCCAGCAACCAAUCGGAGAAGAGGGAGGUUUUCGAGAGGAACAUGCGUGCGGAGGGUUUGCACAUGGAGAAAGAGUCCUCGGUUACCAAUAGCGACGUGAUCUUCCUGAAGCUCCACGCUCCGUGGGACGUUCUGUGUCGCUACGCGGAGCUCAUGAACAUACGCAUGCCCUUCAGGAGGAAAAUCUUUUACAUGCACCGAAGACACAAGUUUAUGAGUCGGAUGGAGAAGAGGAUCAACAAGGUCCGCGGCUGGCUCCCACGCAAACCCAUGAAGUUCACCAGCGACACCCUGCCAGACCUGGAGGAGAACGAGAGCUUCACCGCCCCCUUCAGCCGCUCCAGGAUCCACCAUUUCAUCAUCCACAACAAGGACACCUUCUUCAACAACGCCACGCGCUCCCGCAUCGUCCACCACGUCCUGCAGAGGGUCAAGUACGAGGAGGGCAAGAACAAGAUCGGGCUCAACCGGCUGCUCAGCAACAAUUCAUACGAGGCAGCGUUUCCUCUGCACGAGGGCAGUUACCGGAGCCGGAACUCAGUGCGGACCCACGGGGCAGAGAACCACCGCCACCUGCUGUUCGAGUGCUGGGCCUGGUGGGGUGUGUGGUACAAGUACCAGCCGCUGGACCUCAUCCGGCGGUACUUCGGGGAGAAGAUCGGCCUGUACUUCGCCUGGCUGGGCUGGUACACGGGCAUGCUGUUCCCCGCCGCCCUGGUGGGGCUACUGGUGUUCCUGUACGGCGUGCUCACCCUGGACCACUGCCAGGUCAGUAAGGAGAUCUGCCAGGCGACAGACGUCAUCAUGUGCCCCAUUUGUGACCAGUACUGCCCCUACCUGAAGCUCUCUGACAGCUGCAUCUACGCCAAGGUGACUCAUCUCUUUGACAACGGAGCCACUGUGUUCUUCGCUGUUUUCAUGGCAGUUUGGGCCACAGUGUUCCUGGAGUUCUGGAAGCGGCGCCGGGCCACGCUGGCCUACGACUGGGACCUGAUCGACUGGGAGGAGGAGGAGGAGGAGAUCCGGCCCCAGUUCGAGGCCAAGUACUCGAAGAAGGAGCGGAUGAACCCCAUCUCGGGGAAGCCCGAGCCCUACCAGGCCUUCACCGACAAGUACAGCCGGCUGGUGGUCUCCGCCUCCGGGAUCUUCUUCAUGAUCCUGGUGGUGAUCGCGGCGGUCUUUGGCAUCGUGAUCUACCGCGUCAUCACCAUCAGCACCUUCGCAGCCUUCGGCUGGGCGCUGAUCCGGAACAACUCCCAGGUGGCCACCACCGGCACCGCCGUCUGCAUCAACUUCUGCAUGAUCAUGCUGCUCAACGUGGUGAGUCCCCUCCCGGGCGCGCUCUCACGGGCGCGCUCUCACCGGGCGCGCUCUCACCGGCGCGCUCUCACGGGCGCGCUCUCACCGGCGCGCUCUCACCGGCGCGCUCUCACCGGCGCGCUCUCACCGGCGCGCUCUCACCGGGCGCGCUCUCACCGGCGCGCUCUCACCGGGCGCGCUCUCACCGGCGCGCUCUUUCACAAGUGUUUUUCGCGGGCACACUGUCAAACGGGUGGAGGGAGGCCCCUGCUGGGCCCCUGGGGAACCCUGGCCCCCAGCGGAACGGAACAGCAGCAAUCAGAGGAGGGCAAGACCAGGAGCAAGAAUCCAGCUUCGUUUUCAGAGCAGCAAGUCCCAGAUAGCUAG